CAUCCAUGCUUUUAUAAAUCCAACCCAUUUAUCUCUUCAUUGCAUUCCCUCUCUUCUCUGCAUAAACUAUAAACUUCCAUAACACAUUCCCUUCUUCUUCUUCUUCUUCUGCAUUUACAAUACUCUGUUUCUUGGUUUCAAAUUCACCCCACAGCUUCAUUGCUCAGAGAUGGCCCAGUUUACCUCCUCAGGUAAAUCAGAUGACCUCACAAAAGAAAACGGCAAGGAAAAAAGCCCACUCGUUGUUUGUUUUGGUGAAAUGUUGAUAGAUUUUGUGCCAACAGUGGGUGGAGUGUCACUAUGUGAAGCACCUGCUUUCAAGAAAGCUCCUGGUGGUGCUCCUGCCAAUGUGGCUGUUGGCAUCUCUAGGCUUGGUGGUUCAUCAGCUUUCAUAGGCAAGGUUGGAGCAGAUGAAUUUGGGUAUAUGUUGGCUGAUAUUUUAAAGCAGAACAAUGUUGAGACAUCUGGCGUGAAGUUUGACCCCAAUGCAAGAACCGCAUUAGCUUUUGUUACGCUUAGAGCUGAUGGCGAGCGUGAGUUCUUGUUUUUCCGGAAUCCUAGUGCUGAUAUGCUUCUUCAAGAGUCAGAGCUUGAUAAAAAUCUCAUAAAGAAGGCUAAAAUAUUCCAUUAUGGUUCCAUCAGCUUGAUUGAUGAGCCGUGCAAGACGGCUCAUCUUGCUGCUUUGAGAAUUGCUAAAGAAUCUGGUUGCAUUCUUUCAUAUGAUCCAAAUUUGAGAUUGGCACUCUGGCCAUCAGCUGAGGCUGCAAGGGAAGGCAUAAGGAGUAUAUGGGAUCAAGCCGAUGUCAUAAAGAUAAGUGAGGAAGAGAUUACAUUUUUGACUGGUGGUGAUGAUCCUUAUGAUGAUGAUGUUGUAUUAAAGAAGCUUUUUCACCCUAAUCUCAAGCUUUUAAUUGUUACUGAAGGGUCAGAAGGUUGUAGAUAUUACACCAAGGAGUUUAGGGGUAGGGUUGCUGGUGUUAAAGUUAAUUCUGUUGACACAACUGGCGCUGGUGAUGCAUUUGUUAGUGGGAUUAUCUAUAGCUUAGCUUCUGACCAAAGUCUUUUCCAGAAUGAGGAGCGUCUACGAAAAGCUCUAUAUUUUGCCAAUGUAUGUGGUGCCAUAACGGUAACAGAGAGAGGAGCAAUUCCUGCACUACCUACAAAAGAAGCUGUUCUGCAAUUCAGCCAAAACUGACAGUUAGUUCUUGUCACCAAACUCAAAUGUAAUUUUUGUUUUUAACUUUAAGCUAUAGUUUGAGUCUUGCUGAGCUUCGUGUAUCCUCCUUCUCAUCGGGGUUGUAUUUUUCUUAUAUAUAUUCAAUUUACAUUGCUCUCUCAAGCUAUGUCUUAUAGCAGUUGAGCACACAAAUUAACGUUUUGGUUCAAAUGUAGUAGAUCUGUAAUAAAUCGAAGGUAUAGUAGUAUAAGAAAAUGAAAAAAAUGAGAUAAUAUCUUCUUUUUCUAUGUACAUCACACUGCUGGAAUGAUGUGGAGUAGCCUUAUGUGUGUUUUGUUGUUGAAAACUUGCAGACAUAUAUUGAACGGGAAUGAUACAAGA